UUGCUGCUCGUUGACGGCUACAACGUCAUCGGCUAUUGGGCCCGGCUGAAGAAGCCCCAGUCCGCGCCGCACAACGGCGGGUGGAACCUCACCUUGCCUUCGCUCGACAGGCUGCUGCUGGACGACUUGGUCGAGUACAACUCGCCCAAGCGGUACGACAUUGUCGUCGUGUUCGACUCGGCGGGCACCGGCUCGCGCAGUGAUCACGUCGAGUCAUAUCUCGGCCUCGGCGUCGUCUUCACGCCAUCUGCGGAUCUCUACAUUGAGCAGGAGCUGCGCAGGAUCGCGGCCGAGGGGCAGCGGCCUGUAUGGGCCGCCACGGCGGACCGCGCGAUCCAGGUCGCCGCGACCAACUACGGAGCCAAUGUCAUGUCGACGAAGCGGCUCGUCGAGGAGCUCAAGGGCAGCCGCGCCGCCUCGGCCACCCUGGUGGGCGAGUGGAACCGGCAGGAGAGCUCGCGGCGCCCC